AAAAUAUUCACUGUAGCCUGUGAGUCAUGGUGGAUAUUUGCAGUGGCCAGUUCAAGGCUAAAAAGACUGUUUUUGUUUCAGUAAUAUUUAACUGGCUGGUUUUGGCCACAUCCCACGGUGCCUUAGAAACUGCUACUAUAUUGACGGUGGGAAACAAUUUCUGUUCAACCUCUCUGUAAUACUGUAUAACCCAUCCUGGAAUACUCAAGCACAAUGGCCUGACUGUUUCUCUGGCAAAAUGUAUGGCCACAUCCUCCAGCUGUGUCUAAUCCAAGCUGUAGCCUCUUUUAUCCAUCUAGAACCCAAGAACGCUACUGUGUUACGAGGCAGUGAGGUCCACUUUAAUUGUAGCACUGAUGAACACUGGGAUGUCAUGUCGUGGCUGUUGGGUGGAAGGACAAUCCUCACCAUUUCGGGAGAACAUGGUCCUCUAGGCAGGGAUGAGAGUAUAUCCACAAUCAAUCACUCCAUCUCAUCUCUCUCGGUGUGGGAGUUAGUUCUGAUGAAUGCUUCCUUCAGCCCCACUGCACAGGAAGUCGUAUGUGAACUGCUGCCAACAAGACUCGGCAGAUCAUCAUCAUCCUUAUUUGUACAAGAAAAAGGAAAUCUCAGGAUUUUGGAGAGUGAUCUGUCAGUUCAAGAAGGGAUGCUUGUCACUUUCCAUUGCCAAGCGAGUGGCUGGUAUCCAGAGCCUGCAGUGUCCUGGAUGGUCAACGGCUCCACUGUGGACAGAGGCGACUACAACACCAGCUCUCUUCAGGAUCUUAACGACCUUUUCAACUCCACCAGUGUGCUUUCAAUGAAAGCAGAAAUGAGCACUACAGUGGAGUGUUGGGCAUCUGUGUCUGCCGCUCUAGCCCACCAAAGCAGCAGUGUCAAGCUAACUGUAGUGGCACCGAAAACUCCACAGGACUACACAGUUGUGAUCGCUGUAACAGUGUCGGUGUGUACGAUCAUUCUGCUGGCAAUGCUCAUCCUGAUCUUGUACUAUAGAAAAAAACUGACAAAAUCGAGCUCUAAAAACAAAGUCAGCUCCUCUUUGUGGACUGUCAAUUUAAGCAGUAGGAGGAUGUCUGUUGCUGAUGAAACCAGAGGAAAAGUUAACCUAGGAUACCACAUCGAAGACGUAACAAGUUUAGGACACCAUGACCUUAGGAACAGAGCUGACAGCACGAUAAACAUCAUCAGCCCUCCACGGGUUCCUGAUAUUGUCAUUUUCAGCUCUCAAAAACAGAAAGAGGAUGAUUUUUCUAGUCUCUGCAAGGGAGCAAAGACAGUCCGUCGGGUCACUACUGUUUGACCUCAGGGUUAACCCCACAUCAACAACCCAUUGCAAGAAUGGACCAGCUUUCUAUUCAGAGAGAAGCCACAUAUUCAAUCUGACCUUAUUGUUACUCCAAAAAGGUCAUAUAUGCUGAAGAUGCAGUGACUUGCAUACCAAGAGGACAGAGACUUUUUUUUUCACUUUAAAAAUGUUCUAUAAUCAUUUUGCAUUCUUUUGUACCCACCUUAUUCAAGUGGAAAUAUUUUUAAGUUAUUUUUGUUGAUCAAUAUUUUACACAAUCUCUGUAUUCGUAUCUAUAUCGGAAUAGAGGGCAGCAGUGAUGACGUAUUUUUGUAGGCCAACCUGGAAGAUAGCAUCAGCCUGGUUCUGUCAGAUAUCUCCAUUGGCUUAUGGAUUAUUGCAGAAGACAAACUCUGUGACCAACAAAAGCUCAUGAUUUUCUCAUCAUAAUAAUCUUAACGAAAUGAAGUUUAUUUAAUAAAGUUUGGGAAAAGCA